CCUCAUGAGGAAGACAUGGCAGGACAGAAGGCAGACAGAAGGCAAAGAGGCCUGUGAGGGCUGGACAGAUGGCCCAGCAAUUAAGAGCAUACGCUGCCCUGACAGAGGACCCAGGCUGAUUCCAAGCAUCCACUUCAGGUGACUCACCUACACUCCAGCUCUAGAAAUUCAACACUACUGGCCUCCGUGGGCACCUGCACUCAUGUGUACAUACACACACACCCUCGUAUAUAUAAUUAAAAAUAAUGAAAAUAAAUAUUAAAAAAAAGAGGUCUCUGAGAUGAACAGAGCUGGCAGAAACAGCACCUACACUGAUGGUGAGGAUGCCAAGGCACUGAUGUACAGGCACUUGGCAGGGCAGGUAUAGGCCUGGGCUCCAAAUAUUACCCAUUGUUCUCCUGUCCCCAGGCUGGAGGAGACUAGAUGACAGGGGAUCUUGGAGAAAGUCAUCUGGAAGCCAGAUGCUCUGACUAGGUCCCUGUCAUCCUCUCUGGUCACUGCAGCCUCUCUACAUCGUGAUGGUCAGGGACCCUCUCUCCCUUCUCAUGUACUGUCCUGGAGGGCCCAAAACUGCUUGCUUGAUGUCUAGCGAUCAGAGUGGGUAUGAGCAGGAAAAGCCAAGGCUUUGGGCCUGAACAGCUGAGGGAGACUGGGCAGUGCUGAUGUGAAGGAGGAUUUAGGUCUUGCUAAGGAUUUGAGCUGGGAAGACACUGAGGUCCCCUUUACCAAGGAGGCUCUUGGCCUGUGAGCCUGGAGUCAGACUUCCUGCCGGACAUGCAUUGAGUUCUUGGCACACACAGGUAUCUGAAGUCUCAAGGAAACUAUUCCACACCCAGUUUUAGGAUUGGGAAGGGCAGGACAACAGGCCAAGGAGACUGAAGAGGGUCUUCCUGCCCGGGAGCUGGAGAAAUGCCCAUCACAGGGAAAGGGGAGGAGCUGCCUACAGUUUGUGGUGGGAAGGGGGCAGACUCCUUCAUUGCUCCUUCCUGCCUGCUCUCUUCUUAGCAUUCGUCUCUAGCAGGUGUGCGUUUGCUCUUCCGUCUGUGCAUGUCAGCAGAUGCCAUGAUCAAAGCCUGGAUCCUGAGUUCUGGAGGGCCAUGGGAUAUGUAGCUCUGGGCUUGAGGAGAGGGCCUGGGUGUCCCCUGAAACUGAGGCAGCCUCAUGCUCACUCAGCCCUAGGGCCCCCCAUGGAACUGUUUGCAGCCAGUGUCCUUGGGGCAGCCUUUUGUGAACAGUCAAGACAGCAGGGGGACUCUGGUGGGUGGUCUGCAGCCACCGAACAUGUGGCGCAGUGGCCUUUGAUGGGGUCUUUCGAGAGGGGUGGGGGAUGCUCGGCUGCAAGGGCGUGCCACUCUAUUUGGCAGGCCGAGGCUGUAAUUUGUGAUAUAUAUAGCGGGUGGAGCUGGUCAGCCAGGGAGGGUAGUGAGGGGCUAUAAGCGGGCCUGGUGCUCAGAGAGCACAAGUCUCAGCUAGGAAGACACGGCGCUGGAACCCAUGGACACUUCAUAUCCCCGUGAGGACCCCCGGGCCCCAUCAUCCCGCAAGGCUGAUGCUGCAGCCCACACGGCCCUCUCUGUGGGGACACCCGGCCCUACGCCACGAGACCAUAUGCUCUGGUCUGUCUUCAGCACGCUGUACCUGAAUCUGUGCUGCCUUGGUUUCCUGGCGCUGGUCCACUCUGUCAAGGCCCGAGACAAGAAGGUAGCCGGGGACCUGGAGGCUGCAAAGCAGUAUGGCUCCAAAGCCAAGUGCUACAACAUCCUGGCUGCAAUGUGGACACUGGUGCCCCCAUUGCUGCUCCUGGGACUGGUGGUGACUGGCGCCUUGCACCUGUCCCGGCUAGCCAAAGACUCUGCGGCUUUCUUCAGCACCAAGUUUGAUGAGGAGGACUAUAACUGAGAGUUCUGAGCCUGUCCUGAACCAACGACAACCAUGCCAGGUCAGCUGUGCCCAACACCAGCUCUUGGGAGUUAUAGCUUACUAUAGCACCUCGAUCCCUGCCCAACCACAACCUCAGAGGCCACCCUCUUUGUCCACCAAGUGUUUUCGAUGGUGACCCACUCAGAUCCCUCAGACUUAAACCUCUAACUUAGAGGGUCCUCGGUGCCUGGCUUUGCCCCUUUUCCCCACUUACCAGGCCGAGCCUCCGUUCACGAUUAAAAGUGGCAGAUUCCAGAAA